UUUGUCGGCCUCCUCCCUCCCUCUCCCUCUCUCGCAACCAUGCCGAAGCAUUACAGACCUGCUGGAAAGAAAAAGGAAGGGAAUGCUGCGAGAUACAUCACGAGAUCUCAAGCUGUUAAGCAUCUGCAAGUCAAUCUUCCCGUUUUCAGGAGGCUAUGCAUUCUCAAAGGCAUCUUUCCUCGGGAGCCGAAGAAGAAGGUGAAAGGAAAUCACCACACUUACUACCAUGUGAAGGAUGUAUCGUUCCUUGAACACGAACCUUUACUUGAGACGCUUAGAAAUAUAAGGGCAUAUGAUAAAAAGGUGAAGAAAGCUUUGGCAAAGAAAAACAAGGAUCGUGCUGAUCGUCUGCAAACAAGGAGGCCUAUUUGGAGGCUAGAUCCUGUAAUUAGGGAGAGGUACCCAAAGUUUGUUGAUGCGCUGAGGGAUUUGGAUGACUGUCUCACUAUGGUGCACCUUUUUGCAUCAUUACCUGCUAUAAAGAGAGAGAAAAUUGGAGUCAAGCUUGUCCAUAACUGUCGAAGGUUGAGCCAUGAGUGGCAAGCCUACAUUUCUCGUACUCAUAAGUUACGAAAAACCUUUAUAUCUGUAAAAGGCAUAUAUUACCAGGCUGAAGUUGAGGGUCAAAAGAUCACAUGGUUAACACCACAUGCACUGCAGCAAGUUUUGACAGAUGAUAUUGACUUCAAUGUUAUGCUAACUUUUUUGGAAUUCUAUGAGACUCUCCUUGCCUUUGUCAAUUUGAAGCUUUAUCAUUCAAUAAAUGUGAAGUAUCCACCCAUUCUUAAUCCUCACUUGGAAGCAUUGGCUGCAGACCUUUAUGCAUUGACCAGGUACAUGGCUGCAAACACUAGAGCCCCAAUGGAGUCUGAAGCUAACAGCACAUUGGGAUCUGAGCAAGUUGAGGUCCAGAAAACAGAAACUCAAUCUGAUGAGUCUGAAAUAAGACUUGCCCAACUUCAACAUCAACUUCCUGCGAAUGAGGCUGGUGCGUUGAUGCACCUUGUUGAAGAUGCUACUAAUGAGGAUGAAGAUGAUGAAGAUACUAAAGUGUGUAAAAGUCUCUUCAAGAAUAUAAAAUUCUUCCUGAGUCGCGAGGUUAACAGAGAGUCAUUGCUUUUUGUCAUUUCUGCUUUUGGUGGUGUGGUUUCUUGGGAGGGAGAUGGUGCUCCAUUCAAGGAAUCUGAUCAGAGCAUUACCCAUCAGAUUGUUGACCGGCCAACUCAGGGUCAUAUAUUCCUCUCUAGAGAAUAUAUUCAGCCACAGUGGGUUUAUGACUGUGUAAAUGCACGGAUUAUAUUGCCAACUGAGGAAUAUUUGGUGGGGAGGGUUCCUCCUCCCCAUUUAUCACCAUUUGUUGACAACGAUGCAGAAGGUUAUGUUCCAGAGUAUGCAGAGACCAUCAAACGGUUGCAGGCUGCUGCAAGAAAAGAAAUACUUCCAUUGCCAGGUGUAGGGAAAGAAGAUUUAGAUGAUCCUCAGAAUUUAUUGGUUGAAGGUAUCAUCAAUAGAACGGAAGCUAAUGAAGCUGCUGAGAGGAAGCGGAAGAUGGCAGAUCUUGAGCAGCAGUAUCAUCGUGAAUUAAAACUGGAGCUUCAAGGUGUUCAGUAUAGUGCAUCUGUCUCAAACAUGGAGAAGGCUGAGGGUGAAUUGGUGGGUGGGGAAGAAUCCGGCCCUAAUCUGCAACAAAUUGCCGAGGAUACAUCCAAGAUGUCCAAGAUUACAAUGUCACGUAAAAAGAGGGGGCUUAUGGAAGCCAUUGAGAUUGGCAAAGAGCGGAAGCGGGUUCAUGUCAAUACCCUGAAGGAAAGGAAAAAAAAAAUUGAAGAGCAAGAACGAGAGAAGUGCUGAAAGAGCAUCUAUACAUGAAUGCAUGACAUUGAAUGCUUUAAGAGGCUUAAACCGAAGUUGGAAGCAACACGAGAGCUGUGCAGUGCGAAUGAAUCUUCAGUUUUCCCCCCCUCGUGUUGAGCUUUACGACCAGAAAAUUCAUAUUUGGAGAGGCCAUUUUAUUUUUAGCUGGAUAAGAGUCGUAGGUGAUGAAUUUAGUCUUAUUAUCGGGUGAUAGAACAAGGCAGGGACGAGCUGGGUCUGGGAAAUGCAGCAUGCAUGGAGGAAACCCAAAGCAAAAAUAUAUCAUAUUAAAAAAUAUGACGGGAAGAUGAGAUCCUCUCCUGCCAAAUUUCAACGAGUCGGUGAAUUUUCAACCUCCACAAAGGGAAAUUCUGUGCUGUUUCAUCACUAAUUAUUUUUUAUUCAGGAAAAUCAGAAAUUCUGUGCUCUGUUUGUUUCAUCAUUAAUUGUUUUGUAUUCAGGAAAAUGACUUGAUUACAGUUGGCUUGAUUUAUUAGGCUUUUUAAAUGAGCACACAUGAAGUUGGAUUUGGGAAAUGAGGUGUUUUGGCUAUGCCACAAUGAUAAUGAUUAUGGCCACUUAAAAUA